UUGUAGGGUUUCUUUUAUUUUAGCCUCUACUUUUUAUUAAUUAAUCGAUUCAAUUAAUCAAAUUUUUUUCUGGGAAAUCAUCAUUAUUUCGUUCCAUUUUUGUGGCAAUUUUUUGUGGGGGGAAAGUUGGAAUGUGAGAAGCUUCGUUAUGUUAAAGAAGCAAAGCAGCAGUGUUCGUUUCUUGUUCAACCAAAUCUCUAAUUGUAACCGUAACGGAAAAGAUCGUUUCAUGGCGUUUUCAGCUCGAAACGAUCCGUUUUUCAGACAACUCCACACGUUGCCCAACGACCAACGCCGUUGCUUCCAAUUCCACGGCAAACUCGACUCGUUUGAACAUUACAAUGUCGGCGGCGGCGGUUUUAAGUUUAACAAACCCGCCGCUGGCUUAAAUUUGACUCUCAAAAGUUGUUUCGAGGAUUCAUGUCCAACCUGGAAUCAGAAAACACGCGCCUUUUAUCCCCAAUUGGCGCGUGAUUUAGAAAUGAUUAGCCAUAAUGAACCCCCAAAACUGGCGAAGUCGGCGACUGAUAGUCGUGGCGCGUGUCAACGAGGGAAUCCUCUUAAUUUUGCCGACAAGCCUUUGCCUGAAAAAAUUGCUGUUGCUGUCGACGUCGACGAAGUGCUAGGAAACUUUGUGUCGGCUUUGAACAGAUUUAUAGCGGAUCGUUAUUCGUUGAAUCAUUCAGUUUCAGAGUACCAUGUUUAUGAGUUUUUCAAGAUAUGGAACUGUUCUCGUGAUGAAGCUGAUAUUCGUGUCCAUGAGUUCUUCAAGACACCAUAUUUCAAGAAAGGCAUUCACCCCAUCCCAGGUGCUCAGAGGGCGCUUCAUAAGUUAUCAAGAUUCUGUAACCUGUCAGUCGUAACGUCUCGACAGAAUGUGAUUAAGGACCAUACAAUUGAGUGGUUAGACAAGCACUAUCCUGGACUGUUCCAGGAGAUUCACUUUGGCAACCAUUUUGCUCUUGAUGGCGAGUCCAGACCUAAGUCAGAAAUAUGCCGGUUGUUAGGAGCCAAGGUGCUAAUUGAUGAUAACCCAAGAUAUGCUGUUGAGUGUGCUCAAGCUGGAAUCAGAGUUCUACUUUUUGAUUAUGAGAACUCGUAUCCUUGGUGCAAGACAGAGUCAAUUGAUCAACAUCCUUUGGUGACUAAAGUACAUAACUGGGAAGAAGUGCAGGAACAAAUAGCGUCUUGGAUUCGUAAUUCUACUACCCUUAAAGAUGGACCCUGAACAUUUGAUAAUGCCGAAAAAUUUGGGCUAAUUUUGUUGUUGGUGAAUCAACCAUAAUGAGACCUGCCAAAUUGGGAACAUGGUUGUAUUGAUUGGCUUUGAGGACAAAAUUGGAAGGAAUGUGGGUGGAAUAAUGCAUUUCUUAUAUUUCAUCUUGGCAUACAAGAUGAAGGAAAAGCAAUUGCUGAAUGCCCUAGAACAUCGAUUCAUUAGAAGUUCAUGAGAUUGGAGGUUACUUCAAUUACACUCAAGAAACAACAGUUUCUUUUUAGCAAUGCCCAGUCCAGUUUGAGUUAGGGAAACAAUAGUGAGGUCCAAUUUUGGUGAGGUUAGAGAUUAUUGAGUUGCUCAAGUAGAUCCAAUAUCCAACUUUGAGAAAGGUCUUCUCCAAUUGUAGUAUCAUCUAGUUUUGUGCUUGUUUGUACUGAGAUUCUGAUAACUAUAAUUUUGAUCAUGCUUAAAUUACUAUAUAUUGU